UUCCUGCGACAACGUCCUCGUGACGUCAAAUCUGCGCGACUAGAAACGGCACGGUUUACACUUAUCCGGUUGAACUCUCGUAGUAAAAAUAUUCGACUGAAGUUUGUGUGUGUAACAUUAUGGACAUGGAUGUGACUGAGGGUAACGACGACACUUUUGGAGUUGAGGUUAUAUGUUCUGACGCCGAUAAAACAGCGCCAUGUUGUCCGCAUGGUCCAACGUUGCUGUUUGAGAAAGUUUGUAAAGGAGGUGAGAAACGCAGGAGGUUUUACGCCUGCUCUGCCUGCAGAGACAGAAAAGAUUGCAAGUUUUUCCAGUGGGAAGAUGAAAAGGUGUCUGAGGCCAGGCUGUUGGCCAGGGAAGCAGAGAACCAGUCAAAGAGGCCACAGUUCACCCAGAAGGAGUACUGCAGCAGGUUCAGAAGGUUUGCCUCCCUCCCACUGGAUGAGAGGAAGUUCUGUCAGGAUUGUCAGAUUCUGUUUCUGCCAGAAGAGCGUGAGGCCCACUCCUCUCACAGAUCCAUAGCCGUUACAGCAGCCCAACUGAGGAGGCCCAGUAUCCUGCUGCGUCCUCUGGACAACAAGAAGAGCAAUGCCCAGUACCUGUUCACCGACCGCAGCUCCGACUUCCUGCUUGACACCCUGGCUGGUCUGGGAUACAGGAAAGUGCUGUGUGUGGGCACGCCCAGACUCCAGGAGGUCAUCAAGUUACGAAACCUGGAACAGAAACAUGAGCCAAUGAAGAGUCUGCUGUUGGACAUUGACUUCAGGUAUGCUCAGUUUUACCACCAGGAUGAAUUCUGUCACUACAACAUGUUCAACCAUCACUUCUUUGAUGAAGAGGCUUCGAGUGCAGUUCUGCAGAAUUUCCUCACAGAGUGUGACGCAGAGAAGGUGGUGAUGGUGGCUGACCCUCCAUUCGGUGGCCUGGUGAAGCCCCUGGCCAAUAGUUUCUCUCUGAUCUCACAGACGUGGAGGAAGCUGCAAAGUGCUGACAGUGGGAACUGUGACAUGCCUAUGAUGUGGAUCUUCCCGUAUUUCUUUGAGCCUCGCAUCCUGGAGUGUUUCCCCUCAUUCACCAUGCUGGACUAUCAGGUGGACUAUGACAACCAUCCUCUGUAUAAACAUGGGAAGACAGGCAGGAAGCAGUCUCCUGUUAGACUCUUCACUAAUAUUCCACCCAGGGACGUUGUCCUGCCCGAGGAAGAGGGCUACAGAUUUUGCUCUGUAUGUCAGAGAUUUGUCUGGUCCCUCAACAAGCACUGUGCCAAAUGCAAUGUCUGCCCAUCCAAGGAUGGCCGAGAAUGGAAGCAUUGCUCAGCGUGUGAGAAAUGCGUGAAACCGUCCUGGAGACACUGCCAGUCUUGUGGUUGCUGUGCCCUGCCGGACCACCCAUGUGGACAUGCUCAGGGAAAGGAGGGCUGCUUUAACUGUGGCAGCCUAGAACACAAACGCAAAGCCUGUCCCCUCAAAGACUCACACAGGGUCAGCAGGCAAUGGUCCAGUGCCAAGAAUGGACUCAAAAAUGUAUCCCAUCAUCCCACCUUCAAGGGUAAAGCUAAGAGGAAGUCUGGAGUGGCUCACAGAGUGAAGAAGAUGGCUGCCAUGUCUGUGUGACCUCCGUGCUCGUCUUGUCGAAACAAAGAGGAUUUUAUUUCAACUCAAAUGACUGUUGUUGGCAGUGGUUGUAGUAGAAUUGAAAGUAAUAUAAAAAGAGAAAUUGCCUUGUAUUUAUCAUUGAAAUAAAUAUACCAAUAAGUUUGGUAUUUGGUAUUUUCUCUCUAAAUGUCAACCAGAAAGUAAAAACUAGAAUAAAAAGCUCCAUUACUUGA